GAAAAGAGCAGACAAAGGCUUUGAGCUCAGGACGCCCCUCUCUCUCUCACUCUGCCUACAAAGCCAACCUAGCUCUACCUUCUCUGCCUUUAUAUCAUGGAAAUGGUUUGUAAUAGGUGGCGUUAAAGAGUCGUCGGUUUUAUUUCCACUUUCUUAUACUGAAAUGUACGACCGUCUGGAUCCCCGCUCGGCCGAGAGAGGACGGCUUUUUGUAGGUAUAAUACAAGGAAGCGUCGUCUGAGAGAGGGAGAGAGAGGGGGAAGGAUUGACGCUUUUUCCUCCUCUCCUCCUCCUUCUUCCUUUCGCCCCCCUCUCCUCCUCUUUUUGGCGGAGAGAGGGGUUGAGGCAGGAAUAAACGCUUUUUUUGUUUUUUCUUUUUCUUUUUUUUAAAUGCAUUUGAAUCCUACUGCGCAACCAGACCGGAUCACGUGGGGUUUGGAGAGAGUUGGAUCGAUUUUGCACAGUUCAAUGUAAGAAAAAGAGAGAGAAGCAAACAGCUCCUAUUUCUUUUUUACUUCUGUGGAUAACUGGGACUGUUGAUACUUUUGCGUGAUUGCAAAAGAAGGGGGUGUUUGAGUGGCUUCUUUUUUCAGCCUUGGAGGUGUGGAGUAUUAUUUCUUAUAUGCCUGGGGUUUGAAAAACAAUGGAGACGCACAUUUCGUGCCUCUUCCCGGAAAUUUUGGCCAUGAUUUUCAGCUAUCUGGACGUGAGGGACAAAGGCAGGGUAGCCCAAGUGUGUAUCGCUUGGAGGGACGCAUCCUACCACAAGUCAGUGUGGAGGGGGGUGGAGGCCAAGCUGCACCUCCGCCGGGCCAAUCCUUCCCUGUUCCCCAGCCUCCAGGCUAGGGGCAUCCGGAGGGUCCAGAUCCUGUCUCUGCGCCGCAGCUUGAGCUACGUGAUCCAGGGAAUGCCUAACAUCGAGUCCCUCAAUCUGUCCGGCUGCUACAACCUCACGGAUAACGGGCUGGGUCACGCAUUUGUGCAGGAGAUCCCAUCACUGAGGGUUUUGAACCUGAGUCUGUGCAAGCAGAUCACAGACUCCAGCCUUGGCAGGAUAGCUCAGUAUCUGAAGAACCUGGAGGUGCUGGAGCUCGGUGGCUGCAGCAACAUCACCAACACUGGGCUUCUGUUGAUAGCCUGGGGCCUCCACAGGCUCAAGAGCCUCAACCUGAGGUCCUGCAGGCAUGUCUCGGACGUGGGGAUCGGACAUUUGGCAGGCAUGACCCGCAGCGCGGCGGAGGGCUGCUUGAACCUGGAGUACCUGACUCUCCAGGACUGUCAGAAACUGACGGACCUGUCACUCAAACACAUUUCCAAGGGGCUGACCAAGCUCCGGGUACUGAAUCUGAGCUUCUGUGGGGGGAUCUCAGAUGCAGGGAUGAUCCACCUCUCCCACAUGGCCUCCCUGUGGAGCCUCAACCUACGCUCCUGUGACAACAUCAGCGACACGGGGACCAUGCACCUCGCCAUGGGCACCCUAAGGCUCUCUGGGCUUGACGUUUCUUUCUGCGAUAAGAUAGGGGACCAAACCCUGGCAUACAUCGCCCAGGGGCUCUACCAGCUCAAGUCCCUGUCCCUGUGCUCGUGUCACAUCUCUGACGAUGGGAUAAACCGGAUGGUGAGGCAGAUGCACGAGCUGAGGACCCUGAACAUUGGACAGUGUGUGCGCAUCACGGACAAAGGGCUGGAGCUCAUAGCCGACCACCUGACUCAGCUGGCGGGCAUCGACCUGUAUGGAUGUACCAAGAUCACCAAGAGGGGACUGGAGAGGAUCACACAGCUCCCCUGCCUUAAAGUGUUGAACCUGGGACUCUGGCAGAUGACAGAGAGUGAGAAAGUGAGGUGAUUGGAAAUGUUUUGUUUCUGUUUUUUUGUGUUUGGAUGGGGACAGAGGGGGGCAUGAGGACCAGGAGGAGGGGGUGUACAUGGGCGGGUAAAUUUCUUUUCUUAUUUAAAAAAAGAGAGAAAACCUCCCUUUCCCCCCCUGUGUGCUUGUGUAAGGUGAGCUUCUCCCAUGUGACCAGAAUUUUGUGUUAAAUUGUUUUUUUUUAUUUUUGUUUCUGUUGGCCGUGCAGGAUUUCAAUUAGUGUUUUGAUAUGAGUUCAUAUUCUGCCUGGUAGGAAGCAAUUAAAACUUGCCUUGUUAUGAGCUCAUGAAAAUCCCUGUUAACAACUGUUUUGAUCUCUUAUUGAGCUUUCCUAAAUUCUGACAUUGGAUUGGAAUGACUCCAGUGCAGAUCAGCUUGUUUCACACAUUUAAAAAAAAAACAAAAACCAAGUGUCAUUUCAAGAAGCUGCUUCAUUUACUGACACUUGCUUCCAGAAUAUUCUUAAAGUGAAACUUGCAUCCAUCUGAACUUGCAUCCAUUCAAAGCAAAGUGAGGUUUUAAAACUUGAGUAUGAGACUUUUUCUUUUUCUUUUGUUUUUAGAGUGAGCCUGAGACAUUCACGACCAAUCUCCGCUACAGCCAUCACGCCUAAAAAACAUUCGGCUACCUCGUAUGUGGUUGUUUUCAAAGGGUGUAUACUGUUUUAAAAAAAAAGACAAAAAAGAGUACAGAACAGAAGGAAAGCGAGAAUGAGAGACUGGGAGAAAAUGUGCCUAAAGGGACUGUGUCUGCCCCCUCCCCCCAUCCCCUCCCUCCUCCUCCAUGAGCAGAGCUGGAGAAAGGAGACCAGGACACAAUCUAACUACCUUUGUUAAUUUACCCCCAUAAACAGCAACAAUUUCCCACAGAGGGGAAGAGAGAGAAAGGGAGAGCGAGCUGUAAAAAUCUGUUUUCAAGAGGGCGACGAUUUAUGCAAAAGAAACAGAAAAAAAACACUAAACCCGCUUGUGUGCGAGAGCUUUUAAAAUCAUCUUCUCGUUUAUUUUAAGGGGUAAAGUCCAACUUUAACGCCUUUCAGAUAAGUGUUGUGUUUGACGCAAAUAACAAGAGGCGAGGUUCUUCAGCUCACCCUUAGAGAGAAAUACCUGUAGUCAUCCUGUAAUAACACUGUAGAGUAAAGGGGUUAUAAUAGCAAAGCGAGACAGCACAUGAAGGUAUGGUCAGGCCAUGAUUAAACACAAUGAUACAUGUGAAGUAUGUUAUAGGAACAUGUGGGUGUUUUUUGUGAGGGAUGCUGAUGGAAACAAAUGUCAGUGGAUGUUGUUCAGAGCGUCGUACUUCAAAUUGAAGUGAUUUCUACGUCUUAUACCCUUUAUUGAUCCAAAACAAAUCAGGGUUUGUCUCAUGGUUUCAUUUUCCCACGUUAAUGCCAACACAGGUCGCAUUCAUAUUCAUGUUGCUCUCACCGGUAAGAGAGAGAGAGAGAGAGGGGAGAGGGAGAGGAGGGUAGGGAUAUCUUUUCUUCCCUCCUCUUUUUCUCCAUCUCUCCCUGAAUAAAAAUACCCUGAAUCCAUUUUGAGGCAUGCUUAGAAUAAGGAGCGAUCGAUUAUUUUUUCUUUCUCUCUCUCUCCAUCUCGGGUUACAGGCGGAAUGCGUCUCUCUCCCUCUCCCCAUCUCUCUCUCUCACACACACAUACACACACAUUAACACACAUGCACACACACUCGCGCGCACACACACAUGCAGAGGCCUGCGUGUGUGCGCGUUAUAAUGUAAUGCAAUGACCUGCUAGAAAAUUAAUAUACGGAUGUGCGUCCUGCUGAAAAAGCUGUGUGUGUUUGAAAAUAAAAAAAAGGUGUACUGUAUAUUAUGUGUUUGUAAAGAAGAAAAAAAAUGCAGAAUCCCAAAAUUAAAUUGUUUUAUAUUCUUACGGUUAAAACAAUUAAAGAUAUUUAUAUAAUGAAC